CAGUAAGUAGGUCUACGAGCGUCUGCGAGUGGGCGUGUUUCCGCGAGCAGUUAGUGGUCUCUUCACUUGCGUGCUUUAGUGGAGGAUACGAGCGCACUAGCUUGUGAAGCGCGACAGACCAGCUCGUACGUGCAGCCUGUCUACGGUGGAAAGUUCCCUAAAUCCGGCUGCAGUGUGGAGAGGACCUCGCCAAACUUUUUGGACACUACCACCAUGGAUGCCUUUCGAGCAGUGGCGUUUUACGCGCUGUUAGUUUUUCUUUGGAAUUUACCGUGUUUCCAGUCCGCUGCUCUCAUCUCCUCCACCGCGCCGAGAAGGAACAGGGGGACCAGAGUCCCAUAUGACGGACCAACGUCACACAAAUUUCUCAAAGAAAUCUUUGCAUCAUCUCCCGGUCUCAGCCGUCACCGGGACGAAUUCAAAGACGCUAUCGUGCCGCACGAUUACAUGAUCUCCAUAUACAGGACAUAUUCCGCAGCUGAAAAACUGGGCAUAAAUGCGAGUUUUUUCCGGUCUUCAAAGUCUGCCAAUACCAUAACAAGUUUUGUGGACAGAGGAAAAGACGAUCUCUUGCACUCUCCUUUGCGAAGACAAAAGUAUCUGUUUGAUGUCGCAACCCUUUCAGACAAAGAGGAGCUGGUCGGAGCUGAAUUAAGGAUAUUUAGAAAAGCUCCCGGGUCUUUCCAAGCGCCAUCACCAGGUCUCUACGGCAUCCACUUACUCCCUUGUCGAUCAGAGAGGCUGCUGGAUUCCAGAACCAUUGAUCUACAGGAAUCCAGAAAAUCCGGCUGGGAGGUUUUGGACGUUUGGGGAAUGUUUAAAAAUCGACAUCACCCGAGCCAGGAGAACCAGCUUUGUCUUCAGCUCAAGGGCACCAUUGGUAAAUCAGACACGGAAAUCGACUUGAAACAGUUGGGGUUUGACAGGAAUGGUCGCUCCCAGCAAGAGAAGGCUAUCUUGGUGGUAUACACGAGGUCGCGGAAGAGGGAGAACUUGUUCAAUGAAAUGAAAGAGAAGAUUAAGUCCAGAGACUCGCGGUGGUCCGAGGUGGAGGAGAGCGGCCUACAGUUCAAAGCCAGGCGCAGGCGGAGGACCGCGCUGAGCAAUCGCCACGGGAAAAGGCACGGGAAAAAGUCCAAGUCGAGAUGCAGCAAAAAGGCGUUGCACGUCAACUUCAAAGAGCUCGGGUGGGACGACUGGAUCAUCGCCCCUCUGGAUUACGAAGCCUACCACUGCGAGGGCCUGUGCGACUUUCCUUUGCGUUCGCACCUUGAGCCAACUAACCACGCCAUCAUACAAACUCUUAUGAACUCAAUGGAUCCCAACAGCACACCCCCGAGCUGUUGCGUCCCGACCAAACUGAGUCCAAUUAGUAUAUUGUACAUUGACUCUGGUAAUAAUGUAGUGUACAAACAGUACGAGGAUAUGGUGGUUGAACAAUGCGGUUGCAGGUAGCGUCUUGUAUCCCCCUGAAAUGAAGACAUUCUACUUAAAAAGAAAAGCAACAACUAGCCACAACAGCGUAAAAUAAACAUUACACCUGAAUCGUGCAAAGAGAGAAAAGCGCAAAUGCUACAGUCUGAAAACUCACGUUUUCCGCUACAUGAAUGUGGGCCUAUCAUCCAAAAGGGAUCAUUACAUAGAAUGCAUUUCUUGCAGUAUAAACACGACUAUUUAUUCUGUCGAUUUAAGCUCUGUCAAAUAUCACAAUAACCAUGACACUUUGUAGUAUACGAUGAAAAUAAUAAUUUCUUCAGCCGCUCAGAUCUUAGUUCUGGAGUCAAAUGGAAAAUACCUCCCCUUGGGCACGUUAUCAGACAUGGACAUCUCUGAAAAAAUCAAGAAGUUUGCAUCAGGAUAUCUGGAUCACCUCCAAGUUAUCAAAACUUGCGUCCUCAUCUUGAUGGAUGGCAACAGAUGAAAAGUUACGCUCGUCAUCUGGACCGCGAGGUUGUUCUUUCCCUUUCAACUGCGUGAAUUCAAAUGAACCAGGUGUGAAGCACCUGUUCAAAAAAACAAGCCCAUAACGGAGGGGGCGAGGCACAGUAACCUGUUGCGUCCCACUCCUAAUGGCUCUGAAUGCGCUGACAGCUGAGGGGAUAGCGGAACUUUGGCCACCGACGCCCUCUCAAUGCUUAGGCACACACUGUCAAACGCGUUAUCAGGAGGACUUUUGCUUUUUACGAAGUGGUGAAUGUAACCUACCAAACACAUAUCUUGGAUCGUGGAAAAGAGACAGCUUGCGCGCACAAGUUUCCAGGAGUUUUAUCCUCCGCGCACCUGGCACUCGGGGCGCGCAGCGUGCAGGGUAGUUCUCCAGAGGCCUUGAGACUGUAUGUGGUAGCCUACAAAGGACUGCAUAGAGUGCAAAAAUAUAAUGGAAUAUGACACUAGGGUUGAAACAAGAAAAUAUGAAGUGCCUGGACGUUUGAGUGAUAGUCAUGGAGCCUAUUAAAGAGCUUCGACGAAAAAGACAACCAGACCACGUAGCUAAUUCCAUGGGUAUGCAUUGAUAACCACAUCGUCGUCGACACAAGCAAGAGAAUAUCUAAUUUCUGCAUAUUUACGAAAUGCACUUCCAUAACAACUGACUGCCCCAAAUCCAAGUAGUCAGGAGAAUAUUUUUUCCAUGACAAAUCAACUGACGAGCAAGAGACUCGCAAACGAGAUGAUAUUUAAAUGCACAUUAGCUUUGAAUGCACUGCUGUUCAUUAUUUUGAGAUGUAAAUAUUUGUAUAGUUUAAACCUCUACAAGUGCAACGAAUGGAGAAAUGACCAACCACAUUUCUUUGUAAAUAUACAUACAUUAUAAAUGCACUCAAAUCGUUAUAAUUUCUAUUCUAUAAUUAUUUUAUUAUUUGUGAUGUACAGAGUUUCAUGAUAAUCGUGUAUUUCUUUGAUAAGAUUAAUUUAAACUGUAUUCAAUAUUUGCUGAGAGUGGAAAUACCAUUAUCAAUGUCUACCUCAAAAUUACAUAGGUUCUGAAAUCUGAGGUGCAUUCAGCUAGUGUUGAGUUCUUUUUCAAUUAUAUAAAUAUAUAUUAAUGGAUAAUUAUCCACACUUACUGUACUAAUAAAAUGACAAAAUAUAUAUAUUCUCUGUGUACCUCUGAUGACUUAAUUCCCCCUCAAAAAUAGACCACAUCAAGUGAGACUGAAGAUUAUUGGCUUUCUUCUGUCUUGUGAAGUUUCAGAUAAGAACCACAUCCACGCUUCAGGAAACACAAGCUCUCAAAUGAAAUGGUCACAAUAAUUAACGUUUUAUUUGAUGUUGUCUGAACUUGUAAUGUUUUGUGUUGACAUUGACUCAUUAAACCGUACUGAAAAGGGUCCUAGAGAACUGCA